GAGCUGCGAAGGCAGACUGUUUGCACACAAUGUGGGAUGCAGAACUGAGAUCAGACACCGCGCACACUGCUGCUGGCUCCCUGGUGACUGUGCUCCAGCUGUGCCGUCUGUUACUGCAUGUGUUACUACUCCCUGCUCUGCCAGAUCCGCACACUCACUGACUGAUCCACAACUACCCCCUCCAGGUUAGAAGAAUUCUGCAUUGAAAAUGACUGAGCGCUUCGACUGCCAUUACUGCAAGGAAUCUCUCUUUGGCAAGAAAUACCUGCUGAGAGAGGAGAAUCCAUACUGUGUCAAGUGCUAUGAGAGUCUCUACUCAAAUAGCUGCGAGGAAUGCAAGAAGCCAAUCGGCUGUGAUGGCAAGGAUCUUUCCUAUAAGGAUCGGCACUGGCAUGAGUCCUGCUUCCACUGUUUCCAGUGCAAUCGCUCUCUGGUGGACAAGCCCUUUGCUGCUAAAGAUGAACACCUAAUCUGUACUGAGUGCUAUUCCAAUGAGUAUUCAUCCAAGUGCACCGAGUGCAAGAAAACCAUUAUGCCAGGGACGCGCAAGAUGGAGUAUAAAGGAAACAGCUGGCAUGAGACUUGCUUCAGCUGCUUCCGCUGCCAACAGCCAAUAGGAACGAAAAGCUUCAUCCCCAAAGAUAAUCAGAAUUUCUGUGUGCCGUGUUAUGAGAAGCAAUUUGCAAUGCACUGCGUUCAGUGCAAGAAGGCGAUUACUACUGGUGGUGUCACCUACCGAGAUCAGCCCUGGCACAAGGAGUGCUUUAUAUGUACAGGCUGCAAAAAGCCUUUAUCUGGUCAACGCUUCACUUCUCGGGAUGAGUUUGCCUAUUGCUUGAACUGUUUCUGCAACCUCUAUGCCAAGAAAUGCGCCGGCUGCAGCAGUCCCAUAAGUGGUCUUGGUGGAACCAAGUAUAUCUCAUUUGAGGAACGUCAGUGGCACAGCGACUGUUUUAAUUGUAAGAAGUGUGCGAUUUCCUUGGUGGGCCGUGGCUUUCUUACAGAGAGGGAUGACAUUCUGUGUCCUGAAUGUGGAAAAGAUGUAUAAAUAUGCUAUAAGCUAUAAGAAUACAGACAAAACAAGCAGUAUAUAGAAAUAUAUAGAUAUCCAUAUAAUUAAAUCAUUUUUAUUUUUGCUUUAAUCCAGUAAAAUAUGCUAAAGUUGUUAGAUAUUGAAGGUAACAUUUUAUUCUCAAGUUCAGCUUCAUUAUGAUUAAGAACCACUGCCAAUCCAUGCCAUCAUGACAAUAGGCCAGCGAAGACCAUAUGCUGUAAUCCAAUGCAUUGUUUCUUUACCAACAACUGCUAUAUCCAGCCUAUCGGAUAUAAGAAGAGUCUUUAAAAACAUAAUUGUUACGACAGCAUAGAAUGUCAUCAGUUCUUAAUGAGUUUUUUUUGUUUUGUUUAGUUUUUUGCUUUAUAAAUAGUGGAGGUAUACUACCAAUUUUCCUCCUGGGCUGGUUUGAUUUCAAGAAUAUCAACCACUUUUUACAUACAAUUUUGAAUUUGGCCAUUUAGUGGCAUCUGUCAUAAUUUACAUUUCUAACUUAAAGAGAUAUUAUAGGCACCCAGACCUCUUCACCUCAUUGAAGUUAUCUGGGUGCAGUAUCCUUGUCCCCCUUAGUCCUGCAAUGUAACACAUUGCAGUUUUAGAGAAACUGCAAUGUUUGCAUUGCAGUACUAAGACUGCCUCUAGAGGUACUUCCUGGAGUUUCAAGUUGUUUCAAGUUGAAAGGCCUCAUCCGUGCGCAACAUUUGCCACGCAUGUGCAUCAGGUCACUUAUCGGAUGAUAUCGGAGGAGGCAGAGCGCAGCUCAGUUCCGAGGGACCUUGGCGCUGGUAUCGGGUGAGCGAAUAAAGGGUUAUUUAACCCUUUACAACAUUGAGGUGGGGUGCAGGGCUGAAGAAUACAUUAGUGUUAGGAAUACAUCUCUGUAUCCCUAACACAAAAGUGUUUCUUUUAAAAUGGAACUUUCUGUGCUCCCCAUAUGAGCUUGAAGGGCCGACAUGUAUAGAUAGCUAGAUGAUCGUUGUGAAUUGAUUGUUGGGUUUAUACUGUUUUGCAAAUUUGUUUCUGCUGAAAUCAUUACAUAAAAUGUCAUGUUUUUGUACACCAACUCCCAAUGGUUAGUUUUAAACAAUAUUUAAUUUGACUAUUUAAAAAAUAGUAUUACAUACUUGAUAUCUGUGAAAAACCUUUCUAAAUUGAACUAUACACUCUGGAAAUAAUAAUAAAUUAAGCUUCCUUUCCAGUGAUACUGAGUAAUAUAUGAAAAUAAUACUCCAAGAUUUCUGUAAUAUUAAUUACCCUACAGAUUCAUUAACCUUACACAGUAAUGUAUUUAUGCUUGUUGGUUACAUAGGACCCCGAACACCUUUAUGGAAAUUAAACCUUUGAAUAAAACAUUGAAAAUCACCCAUAACCUCUGUAUUCAUAUGAUUGUAUUAAAGAUUUAACAAUUUACAUUACAAUCCAGUUCUUUCCAGGCACAGCCAGAGCACAUGAUGUAAAUUAGGAGACAUAGAAAUAUUGCUUAAUGACAGAGCCUAUAACAAUGAUUGACACUGAGACAGUAUAGAGACGCCCCAUUGCAGGGUAAAUAGGUGUUGAGUUCUACCUUUAAUUUUAUUCCUAUGCCUUACAAAUAAAUAUUUAGUAAAUACAGACGAUAAGUAAACAUAAUAUUAAAAUCCUAAGAAGUGACAGUUUCCCUGUGUAUGCUUUGUUGUGCUGUAAGACCAAUGUGUUGCCAUCUUCUUUCACUUACUUGAAAAAGAAAUGACAGGAUUUAUUCAGUAAGCUGAGGGUUGUGAAAAACUUUUUUAGACGUUUUACAAAUGUUAUGCCAAAAUAGCUAUAUUGGAAAAAGUUAUUGCAGGGAAUACUGCUUGUACAUUCUUCGAUAUCCGUGUGCCUUGCCCAGUGAAAUAUAGAUGCCAGGUUUUAGCCAGGCAACUGUUUGCUGUGUGAAGGCAUUAUGUCCAAACGUAGGAAUUAUUUUUACAUUCUGGUUGCAUUUCGAGAUUGUGCAUUUCCAGCAAACUUCAGAAGAGUUAGACGUAAUCAAGAGCAGAAUAUUUUAACGUUUUAAUUUACGUAUUAGACUCCUUCCUACUAUCUAUUUUAAAGCUUCUUCUUACCUGUCCAUGCUAAAUUUUCUGAUCUGAGGAAUUUCAAGAUCAGGUAUAACAUAUCAUCUCUAAUAAUUUACUCUUCCUCCCAAAUAUUGCACUUAAUUUUCUUUUCCCCCAUAAAAUUAUGUUUAUACUGAGGGACUUCAUUUUUUCAUUUUCCCCAUACUAGCAGUAAAACAUUACUGUUUUUGUUGAGUAUUUCUAAAGAUUGGAUAUCAAUUUGGAAAAAUGUAAUAAAAGGUGUUUUUUCACUUAUUGAUUUUCUUGUUAAUAUUACAUGUUAACAUUUUAACAGUUGUAAAACUUACUAGUCUGAACGUGUUUGUAAUAAAUUGUAGAUUAUGCUAGCUUUAGUGUACCUAUAAUUUUAAUUUUAUUAAUGACAGGAGGCGAG